AAGCUGUCGGGGAUCCUGGGACAGGGGACGCGAGGGGGCGGUGUCGCCCUGCCAGCCUUGAGGGACAGCGCACCGGGUCCUCACGGUUUCAGGAGCAGCUCUGGGGUCCCGGUGUGGUCGCGGCAGCAGUGUGUCGCUGAGGACGCCGGGACUCCGCUUUCGGGGACUGGUGGAGGGGUUUGGUGUCGUGGCCCACGGAGCCAGAGCCGGCUUCAGGGGUGCUGACGAGGGCACGGGGCCGGCCGGUGGCCGGUGCGAGCCGUACUUCCCGCGGGCUCUGAGAAAGUCUGGCUUCCCCCAGCACAACAGAUUUUUGUUUGUAGAUAUACUGACCAGUUCAGUGAGAAGAAUCGGGACCAGCUAGGAGAAUUUGCUGCAAGGAAUGGAAUUAGCUCAUAGCUUAUUGCUGAAUGAAGAUGCGUAUAGCCAACUAGGAGAAGUUCCGAAGGCUGAGUUUAUUUUUGAAUGGCUGAGAUACUUGGAGAAGCUCUUGAUAGCAACUAGCAGGAAUGAUUUAAAGGAGAAACAGAAGAUCCUUGUUGAACAGCUCCUGUCUUUGUUAAACAGUUCUCUGGGGCCUCCUACUCGCAAACUCCUUGCAAAGAAUCUAGCCAUACUUUAUAGUAUUGGAGAUACAUUCUCUGUUUAUGAAACAAUUGAUAAAUGUAAUGAUCUUAUUCGUAGCAAAGAUGAUUCUCCAAGUUAUCUUCCCACCAAACUUGCUGCUGUGGUAUGUUUGGGUUCCUUGUACAAGAAAUUGGGUAGAAUACUUGGUAACACCUUUAAUGAUACAGUGGGAAAUAUUCUUAAAGCUAUGAAGAGUGCAGAGUCUCAAGGGCGAUAUGAGAUUAUGCUGAGUCUUCAAAAUAUUUUGAAUGGGCUAGGAGCUGCUGCCACAUCUUGCCACAGGGAUAUUUAUAAAGCUGCUAGAUCCUGCUUGACAGAUAGAUCCAUGGCUGUGCGUUGUGCUGCUGCAAAGUGUCUUCUUGAGCUUCAGAAAGAGGCCACCUUUAUGUGGAGUACAGACCUGGACAGUGUGGCCACUCUAUGUUUUAAGUCUUUUGAAGGUUCCAAUUAUGAUGUGCGGAUUUCAGUUUCAAAACUACUGGGCACAAUAUUGGCUAAAGCUAUAAUUUCUAAACAUCUAGGAGCAGCAGCCUCACGUCAAAGCAUUCGCAAAGUGUCUCUGGAGGAAGUUUUGGAAUUACUAGGAACAGGGUUUCUACGUGGGAGUUCAGGAUUUCUUCGAGCCAGUGGAGAUAUGCUGAAAGGAACCAGUUCAGUCAGUAGGGAUGUUCGAGUUGGAGUUACUCAGGCUUACGUGGUAUUUGUUUCAACAUUAGGAGGAACAUGGCUAGAGAAAAAUUUUGCUGUUUUUCUUUCUCAUAUCCUGAGCCUUGUGUCACAGUCACACCCUAAAGCCACCCAAACUCAUAUCGAUACUGUCUGCUGUCGCCGAUGUGUUUCAUUUAUCCUCCGAGCUACCAUAGGAGGCCUUCUUGGAGAAAAGGCUCAGAUGGCUGCUGCAAAGAUUAUCUGUCAGGCCAUCUGGAAGCAGAAGAAAGUUGUGGAUGCUGUAUUGAGUGAAGGUAAUUUGGAAACCCGGUUUGGUUCCACAGAUGUAUCAGCCAGUCAGCAUAUGCUAGUAUGUGCUUUACAAGAACUCGGAAAUCUCAUACAUAAUCUUGGUACCACAGCUGCCCCUUUGCUGCAGGACUCAAGUACAGGUCUUCUUGACAGUGUCAUUUCAGUUGUUCUUCAUCCUAGCAUUUCUGUUCGACUAGUGGCAGCUUGGUGUUUACGCUGCAUUGCUGUCGCAUUACCUUGCUACUUAACGCCUCUCUUAGAUCGCUGCCUUGAACGGCUUACUGUACUGAAAUCUUCACCUGAAGCAGUGACUGGCUUUAGUUUUGCUGUGGCAGCUUUGCUGGGAGCAGUGAAACAUUGUCCUUUGGGAAUUCCUCAUGGAAGGGGCAAGAUUAUUAUGGCAUUAGCAGAGGAUUUGCUGUGUUCUGCUGCUCAAAACAGUCGCCUUUCAGCUCAGCGCACACAAGCUGGAUGGUUGUUGAUUGCUGCUCUUAUGACAUUAGGUCCUGCAGUUGUCAGUCAUCACCUUGCUCGAGUUCUGCUGUUGUGGAAGUGUGUCUUCCCAGCAUCUCCUAAAGAUCUGGAAACAGAAAAGAGCCGAGGAGAUUCAUUUACAUGGCAAGUAACCCUGGAAGGACGAGCUGGUGCACUCAGUGCUAUCAAGAGCUUUGUUUGCCACUGUGGUGAUCUCCUUACUAAAGAAGUAAUUCAGCAUCUUCUUCCACCACUUCCUUGUGCUGUGGAUUUGUUAACUCAGCUUUCUUCUAUACUAAAAUCAUAUGGAAAUCCCUUGAAAACACCAUCAGUAGUUUACAGACAACGACUUUAUGAACUGUUGAUUUUAUUACCUCCCCAAACCUAUGAAGGAAACCUCUGUGCUAUCCUCAGAGAGCUGGCUGCUGACUUGACUGCCCCUGAUAUCCAGGUGGCAGCAUCUACAUUUUUACUUCCACCUCUUUGUCAUCAUGAUGAUCUUUUGAUAUUAAGUCCUUUGCUACAAGAGACUGACCAUAGAUUUAUUGAAGAACAGCUCCUGCUUGGUAAUGGGGUUGCUUGUGGAAGCCUUGAAUAUGACCCUUAUUCCAUUUAUGAGAAGAAUGUAGAGGGAGAUUCUAUACCUAAGCCCCUGCCUCCAGCACUGUCAGUUAUUAGCUCUGCAGCCAAACUCUUUGGGUUUGUCUGUGCCCAUGUGGGAGAAACUCAAAGGCUUCUUAUAUUGGAACAGCUUACAAACAGUAUAAAGCACACAAAAGGAGCUCGUCAGCAAAUAGUUCAAUUACAUACAGUUUCUUCCAUUUCUAAUUUCUUGAAGUACAUGGCUGGUUCCAAGGGAAGUUUAGCCUCAGAAGAAAUGAGAAGACUUGCCCUAACAUUAGUGAUGGGAGCCCUAGAAAGUCAUAACCCCCUUUUGAGGUGUGCAGCUGCAGAGGCAUGGGCUAGGCUAGCCCAAGUGGUUGAUGAUGGAGCUUUUACUGCUGGAUUAGCUCAAGUUAGCUUUGACAAAUUGAAAUCAGCAAGAGAUGUGGUUACCAGAACAGGACACUCAUUGGCAUUGGGAUCUCUACAUAGAUAUUUAGGAGGAGUAAGUUCUCAACACUUGAACUCUUGCGUUGGAAUCCUUUUUACUUUGUCUCAGGACAGCACUUCUCCAGAUGUGCAGACCUGGGCCCUACAUUCUCUGUCACUGCUAAUCGAUUCUGCUGGCCCACUCUUUCAUGUACAUGUGGAACCUACCCUUUCUCUCAUUAUAAUGUUGUUGUUAAAUGUGCCUCCUACUCAUGCUGAAGUUCACCAAAGUCUUGGACGCUGUUUGAAUGCCCUUAUUACCACAUUAGGUCCAGAGCUGCAAGUUAACAGUACUUCAGUUUCUACCUUGAGGACUUCCUGUCUGUUGGGUUGUGCAGUUAUGCAAGAUAAUCCAUACUGCCUUGUUCAAGCCCAGGCCAUCUCUUGCCUUCAGCAACUUCAUAUGUUUGCUCCACGACAUGUCAACUUGUCUAGCCUGGUUAGCUGCCUCUGUGAGAUCUUGUUGGAUAAUUCUGUGUUGGUGAAUCUUUGUAGUCCCUAUUUGUUACUAAGAAGAGCGGUUCUGGCUUGUUUACGGCAGCUUGUACAGAGAGAAGCAGCUGAAGUUUCAGAACAUGCUGUUAUGCUUGCUAAUGAAGGCAGACAAGAGUCGACUCCAGAUGCUAACAUCAGAGAAGUGGGCCUUGAAGGGGCAUUAUUGAUCUUACUAGACAAAGAGACAGAUCAGAGGUUAUGCCAUGACAUCAAAGAGACUUUAAAUUACAUGCUCGCAUCUAUGGCAGUGGAAAAACUCUCCCUUUGGUUAAAGCUUUGUAAAGAUGUACUUGCUGCAUCAGCUGAUUUUGCAGCCGUAUCUUGUGUGGAUACAAUGCAAGAGGAAGAAGGAGAUAAAGGUGAUGAUGCCCCAGUCCUGACCACCAGAAAUGAUGAAAAAUCUCAUCCUUUUAUUAAUCCCCGAUGGGGGACUAGAGUCUUUGCUGCUGAAUGUGUCUGUAGGAUAAUUAACCAGUGUGAGAAUGCAAAUAGCAUGCAUUUUGACAUUGCAUUAGCACAAGAAAUGAAAAAAAGGGAUUCAAGAAGUGACUUUCUGGUGCUGCACCUUGCUGACUUGAUUCGCAUGGCUUUUAUGGCUGCCACAGAUCACAGUGACCAACUCCGUCUUUCUGGCCUUGAAACACUAUUAGUUAUUAUUCGGCGAUUUGCAGCUAUUCCAGAACCAGAGUUUCCAGGUCAUGUGAUUCUGGAACAGUAUCAAGCCAACGUAGGAGCAGCACUUAGACCAGCCUUCACUUCAGAGACGCCACCUGAUGUCAUUGCCAAAGCAUGUCAGGUUUGUAGUGCCUGGAUUGCAAGUGGAGUUGUAAGUGACAUUAAUGAUCUACGAAGAGUUCAUCAGUUGCUUCUUUCAUCAUUAACAAAAAUACAGGCUGGAAAAGAAGUUCCAAGUCAUUUAUACAGUGAAAGCGCUUCUACCAUGGAGAUUUUAGCUGUUUUAAAAGCCUGGGCAGAGGUCUACAUAAUUGCUGUACAAAGACAUAAAAAUCACAAACAAACUCUGAAGACUGGCACCUGUUUAGAAGACAGUGUUAAAAGUGGGUCCCACUCACCAGAUGGACUGCUUGACCUAGUCUGCACUGACCUUGGCACACUGAGCAGACUUUGGCUUGCUGCACUUCAGGAUUAUGCUCUCUUAUCUUUGCCUUCAGAAUUUGCUGCCCAACUUCCUGCUGAAGGUGGCACUUUCUAUACAGCAGAGACUACUGAAAAUGCAAAACUACAUUAUUAUAACUCCUGGGCCCUCAUCCUCCAUGCUACGGCACUGUGGCUUACAAGCACAGGCUUUGUUGUUGCUGACCCAGAUGAAGGAGCGUCUAAUCUCUCUAGGCCUGUGACACCAACUUCCAUGUGUCAAGGUUCAUCCUCCCGGGCUGCAGUCAAGUCCCCUGAGGAAAUCUACACUGAUAGAUUCCAUCUGAUUUUAGGAAUCAGUGUGGAAUUUCUGUGUUCAUUACGCUCAGAUGCAACUAUGGAAAGCAUUACUGCUUGUUUACAUGCAUUACAGGCUCUUCUAGAUGUUCCCUGGCCCAGAUCUAAAAUUGGCACUGAUCAGGACUUGGGUAUUGAGUUGCUGAAUGUUCUACAUCGAGUAAUUUUGACCAGGGAAUCACCUUCCAUUCAAUUGGCUUCUCUUGAAGUGGUAAGGCAGAUUAUCUGUGCAGCUCAAGAACAUGUGAAGGAAAAAAGACGAAGUGCAGAAGUUGACGAUGGGGCUGCUGAAAAGGAAACCCUUCCAGAGUUUGGAGAGGGAAAGGACACAGGAGGACUUGUGCCUGGAAAGUCUUUGGUCUUUGCAGCAUUGGAAUUAUGUGUAUGCAUUCUAGUUAGACAACUCCCAGAACUAAAUCCUAAGUUGACAGGUACCCCAGGAGUGAAAGCUACAAAGCCACAGAUUCUGUCAGAAGAGGGAAGCCGGUUGGUUUCAGCUUCAUUGGUUAUCCUCUCUGAACUUCCUGCAGUGUGCUCUCCUGAAGGAAGCAUCUCAAUUCUCCCUACCAUAUUGUACCUCACAGUUGGUGUCCUUAGAGAAACUGCUGUGAAGUUACCUGGGGGCCAGUUAUCUUCAACAGUGGCAGCUUCCUUACAGGCUCUAAAAGGAAUAUUAUCUUCCCCCAUGGCCCGUGCAGAAAAGAGCCACACUGCUUGGACGGACCUUCUCCGAAGUGCUUUAACAACAGUUCUUGACUGUUGGGAACCAGUCAGUGGAGCACAUGAAGACCUUGAUGAAGUCAGUCUGCUUACAGCUAUCACAAUAUUUAUUUUGACUACCAGUCCAGAAGUAACUACCAUCCCAUGCCUUCAGAAUCGCUGUAUUGAGAAAUUUAAGGCUACUCUCAAGAUAAAAGAUACUGUGGUACAAAUCAAGACCUAUCAGCUCCUACAUUCCAUUUUUCAGUAUCCAAACCCAGCUGUUUCCUACCCGUACAUUUACUCUUUAGCAUCUUCUAUCGUGGAAAAACUGCAGGAAAUAGACAAAAGAAAAACUGAAGAUAUUACUGAGCUUCAGAUUUUUCAAGAAGGCAUAAAGAUCUUGGAAGCAUUGGUUACCAUUGCUGAAGAACAGCAUCGCUCUCAGCUGGUGGCCUGUCUCCUGCCUAUCCUCAUUUCCUUCCUUUUGGAUGAGAAUGCUCUGACAUCAGCACCUUCAGUAAUGAGAAAUUUACAUGAUUUUGCUUUGCAAAAUCUUAUGCAGUUUGGGCCUCAGUAUUCAUCAGUUUUUAAAAAUAUAAUGGCUUCUUCUCCAGCCCUAAAAGCCCGCCUGGAGACUGCUAUAAAGGGCAAUCAGGAAAGUGUCAAAGUCAAGUUACCAUCAUCUAAGCAUACUAAGCACUCUGGAAAGAAUUCAAGCAUCCAAUUAAAGACUAAUUUCUUCUGAUUUUACUUGUUUUUGGAAUAGUAAGCACCUUAAUGUAAUACUUGAUCAUUUGCUUCUCUUUGGGGACAAAAGAGAAAGUUUAGAUACAAGUGCACUUGAAGAUCUAGUUGAUCGUUUUAACUUAAAUAGCCCUGACUCUGAAAUUGACAGCAGACUUAACAUUUUGUGGGAUUUUUUUCCCCCACUUAAUUAGGCAAUUGAGCUAUCAGAACUUUAGCUGGAAUUCAAGAAUAUCUAAAUAAUUAAAUUUACUAAACAGUCCAGUGCUUUAAAAUGGAUUUCUUCUGUGAGCCCAUAUACAUGUCAUAUACUUAAUUCUUGACAGAUAUAGAUUUAACUCUAGUAUAAAUUAUCUGCACAUGUAUUGUAUCCCAAUCACUAAUAGAAGAUUCUGCUUUAAUCAGUAAUAUUAUUAAACUUCUUUAGAUUUCUCCAGCAAGAUUAAUGAUAGGAAAGCUAUUUAGGAAACUUGGAUUAGAAUUAUCCAGUAUAUUAUGGUAAAAAUUAAUUGCAGCACUACAGUUUGACAUGAGAGUUCAUGCCCAUAAAUAGGACUUUACACCAUCUUUUGGGUUAGUUUAUAUUGUGUUCACAAAAUGAAAAUUUUACUUAUUUUAAAUGGAAUAGAGCAUCUUCACUAUUUCUUAAAUGAAUCUGUUACCUCUAGACAUUUAUGGCAAACAUUUAUUUUGAUGAGUUUAAUAUACAUUCAUAUCUAUAUUGUAAAUAUGGGUUUAUAUGAACGCCAUAUUUAUACAACAAGUUUAGAUCAUCAGUAAAUAAGUUUUUUUUAAUAGGGAACAUAUUUUAAUACAGAAAAAAACUAAUGAUCGAAUCAUUGGUUGAAAAAUAUUUUUUAACUGUGUUUAUGAUCAUUGAUUCUCCCUCCAUUUUAGUGUUAUACUGUGAAUCACAGUACGUAAAGCAUCUCCCUGUUAAAAAUCACAAACUGAAGUAAUAGGCAUGUUCAGAAUUGUGAAAACAUGUUGAUUGAAGCAAGGGCAAUGUGAUAUACUCUAUUUUAUUAUGUUUGUAUCUACUCUUGUAAAUUGUUCAGAAUGGAAAACAUUUGACAAAUCUAAUACUAUAAUCAAUUUUUCUAAAUUACAUAAAUAAAACUAAUUUUCUUUA